AUGAGGCUUUUCAAGCUCGGCAGGUUUCUGGCCAUCCUCGAGGAGCAGCUGCACCUUAAACCCGCGAUGAUUCGCAUGGUGAGGCUCAUCUUGAACAUCGUCUUCCUGGCGCAUCUCCUGGCCUGCAUGUGGCACUUCAUCGCACUUCCUGCCUGCGGGGAGUCGGAGGAGAUUGCAAGCCCAAUGUAUACUGCCCUCUAG